AAUAUUCAAAGUCAUCUUCGCAAUCACCACGAAGCUCAGCCUUGCUUUCUUUCAUAUUUGCAACGAGGCAAAAGAUAUAUAUGUUUGUAUGCGACUAAAAGACAUAAGUUAGCUCUCUAAACCUCGUCGAAUAAGCAUGUCCUCAGCAUCGACCUCCAUCAUCAACCCAAGCCUUAGCGAGGAGCAAUGGGUGAAGCACAUCCGAGACGCCCUGGAUCACGGGAUCGAUAUUGAGACCCCGGUUUCCGUUCACUGCGUGCCUCAAUCUAUCAGCUCUGCGAAGCCAGAGGCCUACGUCCCGCACCAUGUUGCUCUGGGACCGUACCACCACUUCCGGCCACAGCUCUACCAGACGGAGAACCCCAAGCUGGACACAGCCCGGCGGGCACAGGCAGAGCUGAAGCUCCCGGCAUUCGAUUGGAUGGCUAAUUUGCUCCAAGCGGAGGAGGCGAAGAUUCGCGCAAGCUACCAGCUGCACCUGGAAGUCGGCACGGACACUCUGAAAUGGAUCAUGACCAUCGACAGCUUGUUCUUGCUCGACCUUCUGCACAGUUACAAGCACAAGCAAGAGAAAUGGACCCAGAUAAGCCGGCCAAUAUCGGGCAGGAAGACUCGAUUGGGGAGGAUGAUCGAGGGGGGAGUCCACCGAAGACCCGACACUCCAUCGUCAAAGACGUGAUGAUGGUGGAGAAUCAAAUUCCCACCUUUGUGCUGAGGAAAAUAAUGUUGCAGACCAAGAAUUCGAUGAAUGAAGUGAGAGAAAAUGAAGAAGAUGAGUCGAUAGAUGAGGAUCUUGGGAUGAUGUCGAUGAGGUUCUGUGAAGCGAUAUCACCUCUCGAACUAAAAAGGUGCUCACCAUCCGAAGCUGUUCGCCAGCAUAAGCAUUUGCUCGAUCUCUUUUACAAUCUCAUAUUGGGAAGAACAGUCCCAGAAGCAGCACUGACGGAGAAGAAUGAGCUUAGAGGUGCAACCUUUAGCUAUCUGAUCAAGAUGGUACCCAAUCCAUCAUCCAAAGUCACUGAGGCAUGGAAUGAGUUAUCGAAAUUCUCUUUCAUGAAGAAGCUGAAAGUGCCGGUCGAACUUGUCUUCAAGUUAAUUAAAUUGGUAAUGCAAUUGAUACCCGGAUGCUCCGAGUGCCUUAAGAAAGACCCUUCUCAAGAAAGUGUUAUGAUCCCCACGGUGUCGAGGCUCCACAGCGUCGGGAUCAAGCUACGUUUGGCUGUAGGAGGUAUCAGAACCAUCGCUUUUGAUCCAAAAACCGCUACUCUGAAGCUCCCUCGGAUCGUUCUGAAUGCUCCCACCGAAGUCCUACUACGAAACCUCGUGGCCUACGAAAUGAUAUCGCAACGUGGCUCCUCGGUUUUGACGCGAUACACGGAGUUGAUGUACGGCAUUAUCGACACCUCUGAGGACGUGAAGUUGCUGAGGGAAGCGUCCAUCAUCUCAAACCAUCUGAACUGCGAUGACAAGGUCGUGGAGCUCUUCAAUGGAAUGAUCAAAUCCAUAGGUUCCAAAAGCACUGCGUCGGAGCUGGACAAGACGAUUCAAGACGUCAACAGGUACUACAACAACACUCGAAAGGUCAAGGGUUAUAAUCUCAUGAGGAAGUACGUCUACUCUUCUUGGAAGUUCCUCACUAUGGUCACCACAGUCGUGCUCAUUUUGCUCAUGGUUCUGCAGACAUUUUGCUCCGUGUGGAGUUGUCCUCAGUUAUUCAACACAACAUAAGCAUUUGUAUCGUACGCUUCCAAAUGUAUAAGGCCACGUGUAGGACUGUGUAACCAAAUCGGUUCUACUUGAUAACUGGACCGAACUACCCUGAAAACUUAUCUAAUUCCAGCUUCUAGUUGGAACUGGUCUGGUUCCCACUUUCAAAUUUUGAACUGCUUCCCUAUUUGAAGUGAAGAAUGAUUGGGGCAAUGAAUCGAUUGGAUCGAAUUUGGGACCGGUUUCAUAAA